AUGGAACGUUUUGGGAUGAAGCAGCUGCUUGAGAAGAAGAAGAGGCUCUCCGAGAAGAAGCGAGUGCUUGAGAAGAGACAGCCGUUUGAGAAGAAGAAGCUCUCCGAGAAGAUGCAAGUGCUUGAGAAGAAGCAGCUGUUUGAGAAGAAGAAGCUCUCCGAGAAGAAGCUCUCCGAGAAGAAACGAGUUCUUGAAAAGCAGCAGCUGUUUGAGAAGCAGAAGCUCUCCGAGAAGAAGAAGUUCUCCGAGAAGAAACGAGUGCUUGAGAAGAAGCAGCUGUUUGAGAAGAAGAAGCUCUCCGAGAGGGAACAAGUGCUUGAGAAGAGACAGCCGUUUGAGAAGAAGAAGCUCUCCGAGAGGGAACAAGUGCUUGAGAAGAGACAGCCGUUUGAGAAGAAGCGAGUGCUUGAGAAGAAGCAAGUGGUCGAGAAGAAGCAAGUGGUCGAGACGAAACAGCUACUCGAGAUGGAGCGGUAA